GGAACGUUUGUGGGUUGCUGCGGGUUGCUGGAGUGAAAAUUGUUUGACAGGGAGGUGAGGCGACCUGUACACAGGGACCUGAAAAGAGAAGUUUCUGUAGCGUGUCAUUGUCAGUUUCCGAGCCAACGGGGAGGCAGACUUGAUAGCGACAAAUGAUUUUGACGAGUCUAAGCAACAGGGCACAGAGGGAAAUGUCAGGGACUAUAACAGCCUUGAGGAAAGGGAAGCGCGACUAGUAACACCGCAACGCGGAAAAUAUUCAGGGGGGUGAGAAUGCGAAUGGUGCGAAGAUACCGAAAUCAAACAAAAUGGAAACGAUGUAGCGUCGCUGCCGCAUUUCAUAUAGCUAGAACUAACGUUAGAGUAGAGAAUAGAUAGCUAAGGAGCUAGCAGUUUAACUAACAUACAUGUAAAGUUCUUCGUCGGAGAAGCUGAAGCUGAGCCCGGAGGCGUCUGUGGAAUCAGAAGAGUUCAUCCGCGUUGUGAAAUCCAAGAAGAUAAAAAAGACGAUGCUACGGAGGAGACUGAACCGUUUGCUUGGCGGUGAUGAGAGAAGAGUAGACAGUAGGACUAUCUAUGUUGGUCAUCGGUCAUGUUCUGCCAAUGAGGUUUUCAUCCCACCCAAGUUCUGUGAUAACAGGAUUGUGUCCUCCAAGUAUACAGUUUGGAACUUUCUACCAAAGAACCUGUUUGAACAGUUUAGAAGAAUUGCCAAUUUCUACUUCCUUAUCAUCUUCCUGGUACAGGUGAUAGUGGACACCCCCACCAGCCCAGUCACCAGUGGCCUACCCUUAUUUUUUGUGAUCACAGUAACCGCUAUCAAGCAGGGCUAUGAGGACUGGCUACGGCACAAGGCUGACAAUGAGGUGAAUAAGUACCAGGUGACCGUGCUAGAAGGCGAUCGGAGGAUACAGAAGGAGAGUGAGAAGAUCAAGGUUGGAGAUGUUGUGGAAGUGAAGGAAGACGAGACCUUUCCCUGUGAUCUAAUUCUGCUGAAGUCCAGCCGGGAUGACGACACAUGUUUUGUUACCACAGCAAGUCUGGAUGGAGAGUCAAACCAUAAAACACACUACACAGUGCCAGACACAGAGAAUGAUCUGGAAUCUCUCAACGCCACCAUUGAGUGUGAACAGCCACAGCCUGACCUUUACAAGUUUGUUGGCCGUAUGCACAUCUACAGAAACGAUCAGGAGCCUGCAGUGAGGUCUUUGGGCCCAGAAAACCUUCUGCUGAAAGGGGCAACUUUAAAGAACACCCAGAAAAUCUGUGGUGUUGCAGUUUACACUGGCAUGGAAACAAAGAUGGCUCUUAACUAUCAGGGCAAGUCUCAGAAACGCUCUGCUGUGGAAAAGUCUAUCAAUGCCUUCCUUCUGGUUUACCUUUCCAUCCUGGUGAGCAAAGCUCUAGUGUGCACCACACUUAAGUAUGUGUGGCAGAGCAAGCCUGGACAGGAUGAGCCGUGGUACAACGAGAAAACCCAAAGAGAGAAGGACACCAAUUUGUACCUAAAGAUGUUCACAGACUUCCUGUCCUUUAUGGUGCUCUUCAACUUCAUCAUCCCGGUGUCCAUGUAUGUGACGGUUGAGAUGCAAAAGUUUUUGGGAUCCUUUUUCAUCACAUGGGACAAGGACUUCUUUGACCCUGAAAUCAAGGAGGGGGCACUGGUCAACACGUCAGACCUCAAUGAAGAGCUGGGACAGGUGGAGUAUGUUUUCACAGACAAGACGGGCACCCUCACUCAGAAUAACAUGGAGUUCAUAGAGUGCUGCAUUGAUGGCUUCCAGUACAAGUACCGGGAUGCGAGCUCAGAGUUGGACGGAUUCUGUGUCACAGAUGGACCUGUGAGCAAACUACAGCAGAAAGCUGGCAGGGAGAAGGAGGAGCUUUUUCUGCGUGCCCUGUGUCUGUGCCAUACAGUGCAGGUGAAAGAGCCCACUGGGCAGGGUCAGGACCAAGGUGACGGGCUGACAGACCAGUUGGAUGGCGUAGGGAUGGAUGGAGAGGUGCUCCAUCCACCGCUGGAGCAGAGAGGCUUUAUAGCCUCAUCACCUGAUGAGGUUGCUCUGGUCAAGGGUGCCAUGAGUGAAUCUGAGAAGGAGGAGCUUUUUCUGCGUGCCCUGUGUCUGUGCCAUACAGUGCAGGUGAAAGAGCCCACUGGGCAGGGUCAGGACCAAGGUGACGGGCUGACAGACCAGUUGGAUGGCGUAGGGAUGGAUGGAGAGGUGCUCCAUCCACCGCUGGAGCAGAGAGGCUUUAUAGCCUCAUCACCUGAUGAGGUUGCUCUGGUCAAGGGUGCCAUGAGGUAUGGCUUUACAUUUCUGGGUCUCGAAAGUAAAACGAUGAAAAUUCUCAACUGGAACAAUGACAUUGAAAUGUAUGAACUGCUUCACGUGUUGAACUUUGACCCAGUGAGAAGGCGAAUGAGUGUAAUAGUCAGAUCCAAAUCAGGUGAUACCCUGCUCUUCUGUAAGGGAGCAGACUCCUCCAUCUUUCCCCGCGUCAGACAGGAGGAGGUUGAGAGGAUACGCGUGCAUGUGGAGCGUAAUGCAACAGAGGGCUACCGGACGUUGUGUGUGGCCUACAAAUCUCUCAGUGAGGAGGAGUACACCCAGGCAGACGCAGGAUUGAGGGAAGCUAGACUGGCUCUGCAGGACAGGGAGGAGAAGCUCAUGGCUGUUUACAACCAAGUGGAGACUGGCAUGAGUCUAAUAGGAGCUACAGCUGUAGAAGACAGGCUUCAAGAUGAGGCAGCAGAGACCAUGGAGGCUCUACAGGGGGCAGGCAUUAAGGUUUGGGUCCUAACAGGGGACAAGAUGGAGACUGCAAAGUCCACCUGUUAUGCUUGUAGAUUGUUCCAGAGAAAUACAGAGCUUUUGGAGCUGACUGUGCGUACUCUGGAGGAUGGAGGGAGGAGGCGUGAGGAGCGACUGCAUGAGCUCUUAGUUGAAUACCACAAGAAAGCUGUACAGGAUGCACCACCAGUUAAAGCAGGCGUCACCAGGAGCUGGUCUUCGACAAGCCAGGACUAUGGUUUCAUUAUAGAUGGCGCCACUCUAUCGAUGGUGCUCAACCCUUCCUCUGAAUCCAACUCAAGUCGCUACAAGAACCUCUUCCUGCAGAUUUGUCAAAACUGCACAUCUGUGCUUUGCUGCCGCAUGGCACCUCUACAAAAGGCACAGAUAGUUAAAAUGGUGAAGAACUCUAAAGGCAGCCCAAUCACCCUUUCCAUUGGAGAUGGUGCCAAUGAUGUCAGCAUGAUUUUGGAAGCUCAUGUUGGCAUUGGUAUUAAGGGUAAAGAAGGUAGGCAGGCAGUGAGGAACAGUGAUUAUGCCAUCCCCAAACUCAAGCACCUCAAGAAACUUUUGUUGGCACAUGGCCAUCUCUACUACGUUCGCAUUGCACACCUGGUGCAAUAUUUCUUUUACAAGAACCUUUGCUUCAUCUUACCUCAGUUUUUGUACCAGUUCUUCUGUGGCUAUUCCCAGCAACCCCUGUACGAUGCGGCCUAUCUGACGAUGUACAACAUCUGCUUCACCUCCAUGCCCAUCCUGGCUUACAGCCUCUUGGAGCAGCACAUCUGCAUUGAGGUUCUGCUGGACAAUGCUACCCUCUACAGAGAGAUCGCUAAGAAUGCCAUGUUACGGUGGGGACCAUUCCUCUACUGGACGUUACUUGGACUCUUCCAUGGCUUGCUUUUCUUCUUUGGUGUUCGAUAUUUGUUCAGUAACCCAGCCCUGCAGGAUAAUGGCCAGGUUUUUGGGAACUGGUCUUAUGGAACAAUUGUCUUCACUGUCCUCGUCUUCACUGUCACACUGAAGCUUGCUCUAGACACACGGCACUGGACAUGGAUCAACCACUUUGUAAUCUGGGGCUCCCUGGCUUUCUACGUGUUUUUCAGCUUCUUCUGGGGAGGAAUAAUAUGGCCUUUCCUGAGGCAGCAACGUUUGUACUUUGUGUUUGCCAACAUGCUGAGCUCUGUGUCAGCCUGGCUAGUCAUCAUCCUGCUCAUCCUGCUCAGCCUACUGCCAGAGAUCCUGCUUGUGGUAUUCCGCAAGCCCCGCGGGCCCCAUGCUCGACAGGAAUUUGGUUUCAAGUUGGUAGUACGACUGCAUUUCAGAUUUCUGCCAGAAGAUGACUUUCCCACACAUAUUUUGUCAUUUGCUCCCCAUGGGGCCAUUGUGUUUUCCAAGCAGCUGGAAAUGUUUGGUGGCAUGUGCUGCGCUUUUGGGUGUGUUCCACACAAGUUUUUUAAAUGGUCUCUGGACUUGUUUUUAUUUGGGAAAUGUAAUAAACCAAACCCAAUUUUUUGCACAUGUUUGUACAAAGUCUAAUCUUUGUUUAUAAAAAAAACCUCUUUUUGUGUGUGUAUCUGUCAGUUUGCAAAGUCGCAGAAUAAAUCAUAAAUGUAUAU